CUUCUGUCUUACAGCUUGCCUUGAAGGGAUCUAACUACGCUGGUCUCCUGGAGCGACAUGGCGUUCACACCAAAAAUGUGGAGCAUGUUGUAGACAGCUUACGGAACGAGAGGAUAGAAGUCCGUCUUGUUAAACGUCGUGAAUAUAAUGAAGAGACAGUUCGGUGGGCAGAUGCUGUUAUAUCAGCAGGAGGUGAUGGUACAAUGUUGCUGGCAGCCAGUAAGGUCUUCAAUAAAUUUAAACCAGUUAUUGGAGUAAAUACUGAUCCUGAAAGAUCAGAGGGCCACUUAUGCUUGCCUGUGAGAUAUACACACACUUUUUCUGAAGCGCUCCAGAAGCUUUAUCGUGGUGAGUUCAGGUGGCAGUGGCGACAACGAAUCCGAUUGUAUCUUGAAGGAACUGGCAUUAACCCUACCCCUGUAGAUCUGCAUGAACAGCAGCUAAGCCAGGAGCAGUACAGCAGGGCUCAUAUAAAUGAAAGAUUGCAAGAUCAAAGAGCUGAGAUUUCUGGUCCUCAUCUUUUGCCAGUGAGAGCACUCAAUGAAGUCUUCAUUGGGGAAUCUCCGUCAUCCAGGGAGAACUUUAAGUCCUGCAAACCCAGUUUUAAAUUCUCGCUUCAUAGGGCCUCCUAUUAUGAGAUAUCAGUUGAUGAUGGUCCAUGGGAAAAACAGAAGAGUUCAGGGCUUAAUGUAUGCACUGGAACAGGAUCAAAAGCAUGGUCCUAUAAUAUUAACAAGGUAGCAAAUCAAGCUGUUGAAGAGAUCCUUAAGAUCGCUGAAAAGCAUGGAGGUUUGAAUCUGCCAUUGAAUGCAGAACUAGUGCAAAAAGUAACAAAUUAUUACAAUGACUCCCUGCUCUAUAGUCCAGAAGAACCAAAGAUGCUUUUCAGUAUUCGAGAACCUAUUGUGAACAGAGUUUUCUCAAGUAGUCGGCAGUGUGGCUUUUCUUCAAAAGUCUGUGUCCGUUCCCGCUGUUGGGAUGCAUGUAUGGUUGUAGAUGGAGGAACAUCUUUUGAGUUUAACGAUGGGGCAAUAGCUUCAAUUAUGAUUGAUACGGAGGAUGCACUGUGCACUGUCCUAUUGGAAGAGUGAAGGACCCUAACGUGUCUUCUGUGGAAACAGUUCUGGAUCCAGAGAGGGAGCUCCUGGAGAUAGACAGCAUGUCACAUUGCUGCAUUAAGUUGGAAGUUAACUUUUGGAUGCAAGAACAUUUGAAAGAAGCUUGAGAUCCUUCUCCAUCCUUGGGAUGAGGAAAUCUUAGAAACCUGAUAUUUAAGCUGUUUUGCACCUGGUGUAAAAGAAACGUAUCUGAAUUCUUACUUAAAACUUCAGCGAAAAUUGACACUUCUAACCUGUAAGGCUCACAUGAAAG